AUGCCUGAAACAAAUCUCUUUUCCAUCCAACAAGCCAUGAUUCGAUAUGGAAUGAGUAUUUACUAUUCCUUAGGUAUUGUUGGAAAUGUUUGUAAUUGUAUAAUGUUUACUCGACCAAAUUAUCGUUAUACACCAAGUUCUACUUAUUUUCUUUUCCUUUCUAUUUUUGCUAUAAUUUAUUUGACAUGGGCAAUGAUUCCGCUUUUUCACUCACUUAAUUAUACUGAUCCUCAGACACAAAUUCUAUUCUAUUGCAAGAUAAGACUCUAUUUUGGUCACAUUCUCGGUCAGUGCAUUCGAUGUGUUGUUGUAUAUGCUUGUAUUGAUCGUUAUAUAGUGACACAAACGAAUGUUCAUAUUCGUUCAAUGAGUUCCAUUCGAACGGCAGUCAAACUUGUUUCUACUACACUCAUCGUACUUUCUAUCAUUGCUAUUCACAUGCCGAUUUUAAUGGACAUUCGAAAUGGUGUUUGUGGUAUGUUUGGUUUGUACAGAUUGAUUUAUGCGUUUUAUCAACUGACACUGGUUGCUAUUUUGCCUCCGGUACUGAUGAUUAUUUUCAGUUUUCUAACUAUUCGAACUCUUCAUCAACGACAUGGCAAUAGAAUACAUGCGAGACGAAGAGAUCGAUAUUUUAUGCGUAUGUUAAUUGCUGAAGUCCUAGUGAAUAUCUUAACAUCGAUUCCAUAUUCAGCUAAUCUCGUUUAUGGUGCAGCAACUUAUUACACUGACAAAAGUACUGGACGACAGGAAAUCGAAUCGUUCAUUACUUUCUGCACUCAAUUUCUUGGUUAUCUCAUAAGUGUUGCUCCUUUUUACUUAUUCUUUUCAAUUUCAAAACCUUUUCGAGACGAGUUUAUCAGUUUAGUAUUCAAACAAUGGUAUCAAAAGAGGCGAAGACAAGUUCGAAUUAUUCCAACAAAUGAACAACACUCAAUGAUUCCAUUAUGA